AUGGCGCGGCAGUCGGCUGCAUCUGAGGGCGGCGGCCAAGGCUCAAAGGGUCGGGCAAUCGGACAGGUUGCACUUUCAGGCCGGCAUGCCCACAACAGGUUCAAUGGCUGGCGCGACUGGUCCUUGGUUGCCUUCGACGACAGCAAUCGCCCAAUCCUAGGGCCCCUUUCCCCUUCCCAAGGCCUGCCUCCACCACCACCUUGCCCGCCCUUUGAGACCAACAAUGUCUACGUUGGAAACACGCUCGCGGACGAGCGACUUGAAAAGCACGAGGGCUGGGCCGAUGACGCCUUUCGGGCUUUCCAGGCGUUGCUCAGUAGCAUGGACACCGCGGGGUUUGUCAAGUUGCAGCCUCGUACUGGCGGCGAUCCAGCGUCGACUCUGAGUCGAGCGGAUGAGCCAAAGUUUGUGUUCAAGCGUGGUGCAACGACGGGUGUGACCAUGGGCAGGACCAGCCCGAUCGAAGCGGUUGUUCGCACGCCGCUCCCCAACAAGGACAUUGUGUUUUGGUCUAUACCGGUGCUUGGUAUGCCUACUGGUCAGAGCUCGAUGCCGCACAGACAAGAACCGUUCACAAGUGGAGGGGAUUCAGGAUCUUGCAUUUUCGACCAGACUGGGACCGUCCUUGCCAUGAUUGAUGCGGGCAUCGGAUCCAGAGACGACCAGAGGCGGCUGCUGUUGGCCAAUAGAAAAAUGGUGUAG